AUGGGUGCCGACGGAAACGCCCAUCCCAGCUCCGACCCCGCUGUCUAUGACGAGUACGCAUCCAAGUGGGCGACUCUGCCCACGGACGAGGAGGGCUGGGUGAAGCGGGCCCAGGAUGUCGCUGCUGUUCUGGCCCAAGACGCCGCCGCGAGAGAGAAGGAGAACAAGUCCCCCAAGGCAGAGGUUGCGCUCCUGAAGCACGCCGGGCUGCUCAAGGUCCUUGGGCCUCGCAAGUACGGCGGCGGCGAGCAACCGUGGAGCGUGGCUUAUAAGACGAUUCGUGAAGUUGCCAGGGGUGAUGGGUCCAUUGGUAUGCUUAUAGGCUACCACCUUUUCUGGUCCACCACUGCCAAUGUGGUAGGGUCUCCGGAGCAGGCGGAUCGCCUCCAGAAACUGAUCAUCGAGAACAACUACUUCGUCGGAGGUGCUGUCAACCCCCGUGACAGUAACUUGACAAUCAGAGCCGAUGGCGACAACAUUGUAUUCAAUGGAUUCAAGAACUUCAACACUGGCGGUGUGGUGUCGGAUCUCACCGUUCUCGAAGGCGCAUUGGAAGGAACCGAAGACCGCAUCUUUGCCAUCGUCCCGACAAGCCAACCCGGCGUUGUCUUCUCGCACAACUGGGACAAUGUCGGCCUUCGCUUGACUGAAUCCGGCAGCGUCAAGAUUGAGAAUGUGCCGGCGCCUUGGACCGACGCGCUAGGAUGGGAUGCCGAGAAGAAGAAGCCCGACCCUGCUAUCCUCAGCAUCCCCUGGGCCUCGUUAUUGAUACCGACUAUCCAGCUUGUAUUCAGCAACUUCUACCUCGGAAUCGCACUCGGCGCGUUGGACUACGCAUCCAAGUACACCACCACGAACACACGUGCCUGGCCCUUCGGUGGCGAUAACAAAGAAAAGCCGACCGACGAGUUCUACAUUCUGUCGACGUACGGCAACUUCCUCGCCCAUCUCCGCGCAGCAACUGCCCUAGCCGACAAAGCCGGGCUGGAAGCCGACUCCAUCUACGGGAAGUACUCCGAUAAGCGCGACGGGCUCACGGCUCAGGAGCGCGGAGACCUCGCCGAGUGGAUUGCCAGCGUGAAGGUCGUGACGACGGACACCGGGCUGCGCGUCACGGCGGGCGUGUUCGAGGUCACGGGCGCCAAAGCCACGGCGUCCAAGGUCGGGCUGGACCGGUUCUGGAGAGAUCUCAGGACGCAUACGCUUCACGACCCUGUCGCGUUUAAGAACAGGGAACUGGGCCGCUACCAACUGCUCGGAGAGAUUCCCGAGCCUACCUGGUAUACUUGA